AUGGGAAAUUAUAAAUCUAGACCAACCCAAACUUGCACUGAUGAAUGGAAGAAGAAAGUUAGUGAAUCAUAUGCUAUAAUCAUAGAACGAUUAGAAGAUGACCUGGAAAUCAAAGAAAAGGAGCUGGCGGAACUAAAGCAUGUUUUUAGCUCUGAUGAAGCCUUCUGCAAAGUAAAUUUAAAUUACCGCACAGAAAAUGGGCUUUCUCUUCUUCAUUUAUGUUGCAUAUGUGGGGGCAACAAAUCACAUAUUAGAACUCUUAUGCUGAAAGGAUUGCGCCCAUCCAGAUUAACAAGAAAUGGAUUUACAGCUCUGCACUUGGCAGCUUAUAAGGACAAUGCAGAACUGUUAACAGCGCUGCUGCAUGGUGGAGCUGACAUUCAGCAAGUUGGGUAUGGAGCUUUGACAGCCCUUCACAUUGCCACAAUUGCAGGUCAUCAUAAGGCUGUUGAUAUUCUUUUGCAGCAUGGAGCUUAUGUGAAUGUUCAGGAUGCAGUUUUUUUCACCCCAUUGCAUAUUGCUGCAUAUUAUGGCCAUGAACAGGUAACUCACCUCUUACUAAAGUUUGGAGCUGAUGUGAAUGCAAGUGGUGAAGUUGGAGACAGGCCUCUGCAUUUGGCUUCUGCCAAAGGCUUUCUCAACAUUACAAAGCUCUUGAUGGAAGAGGGAAGCAAAGCUGAUGUGAAUGCUCAGGACAAUGAAGAUCACGUUCCUCUGCAUUUCUGCUGUCGAUUUGGACACCAUGAAAUUGUAAAGUUUUUACUCCAGAGCAGCUUCGAAGUUCAACCCCAUGUGGUGAAUAUCUAUGGAGACACACCUUUACAUCUUGCGUGUUACAAUGGAAAGUUUGAAGUUGUCAAGGAAAUAAUUCAGCUCUCAGGAACAGAAAGUCUCACUAAAGAAAAUAUAUUCAGUGAAACGGCUUUCCACAGUGCUUGCACAUAUGGAAAGAACAUAGAACUUGUAAAAUUUCUUCUUGACCAGAAUAUUGUAAGCAUCAAUCACCAGGGAAGAGAUGGACAUACAGGAUUACACUGUGCUUGCUACCAUGGUCAUAUUCGACUUGUACAGUUUUUACUGGAUAAUGGAGCAGAUAUGAAUCUGGUAGCUUGUGAUCCCAGCAGGUCCAGUGGAGAAAAGGAUGAGCAGACCUGUUUGAUGUGGGCUUAUGAGAAAGGUCAUGAUGCCAUUGUGACCCUUCUGAAGCAUUAUAAGAGACCUCAAGAUGAAUCACCCUGUAAUGAAUACUCACAACCUGGAGGAGAUGGUUCCUAUGUGUCAGUUCCAUCCCCUCUAGGAAAGAUUAAAAGCAUGACUAAAGAAAAGGCAGAUGUUCUUCUCCUCCGUGCUGGUUUGCCAUCACAUUUCCAUCUUCAGCUCUCUGAAAUAGAGUUCCAUGAGAUUAUCGGCUCAGGUUCUUUUGGAAAAGUAUAUAAGGGACGAUGCAGAAAUAAAAUUGUUGCAAUCAAACGCUAUCGAGCCAAUACCUACUGCUCCAAAUCUGAUGUGGACAUGUUCUGCCGUGAAGUUUCCAUUCUCUGCCGACUGAAUCAUCCAUGUGUCAUCCAGUUUGUGGGAGCUUGCUUAGAUGACCCAAGUCAGUUUGCUAUAGUCACUCAGUAUAUUUCUGGAGGAUCGCUCUUCUCCCUGCUUCAUGAACAGAAGAGAACCCUUGAUCUGCAGUCUAAAUUAAUCAUUGCUGUAGAUGUUGCCAAAGGCAUGGAGUACCUCCACAAUCUCACACAACCAAUCAUACAUCGUGAUUUGAACAGCCACAAUAUUCUCCUGUAUGAGGAUGGUCAUGCAGUUGUUGCUGAUUUUGGAGAAUCUAGAUUUUUGCAGUCCCUGGAUGAAGACAAUAUGACAAAACAACCUGGGAACCUACGCUGGAUGGCCCCUGAGGUGUUCACCCAGUGUACAAGGUACACCAUAAAAGCCGAUGUUUUCAGCUAUGCUUUGUGCCUCUGGGAGCUGUUAACAGGUGAAAUUCCAUUUGCUCACCUGAAACCAGCGGCAGCAGCGGCAGACAUGGCGUACCACCACAUCCGCCCACCCAUUGGAUACUCCAUCCCCAAGCCCAUCUCCGCCCUGCUGAUGAGGGGCUGGAACGCCUGUCCCGAGGGGAGACCAGAGUUUUCAGAAGUAGUCACAAAAUUAGAAGAAUGUCUGUGCAAUAUUGAGUUAAUGUCUCCAGCUUCCAGCAACAGCAGUGGUUCUCUGUCUCCCUCCUCAUCUUCGGACUGUCUCGUUGCACGAGGAGGUCCUGGCCGUAGUCACGUUGCAGCGCUACGUAGUCGGUUUGAAUUGGAAUAUGCCUUGAAUGCACGAGCUUAUGCUGUCUGGUCACAGAGCACUGGGCAACACCCUUCCCAGGGUCUGUCUUUGGAUGACAUGAGAAGAAACUUCCAGUACCCACCGAUCGACAAAAAUGGCUACGUGUCGGAUCCCAUGAGUACCAUGAGAUUUCAUUCCUGCAGCAGCAGUGGCAGCUUUGAAGAAAGCAGCUGA